AUGAAGUUCGGGAAGGAGUUUGCUUCCCAAAUGGUGCAGGAAUGGCAGGAAGCUUACAUGGAUUACAGUUACCUCAAAACAUUGCUGAAAGAUGUGCUGAAUUUUCGACGUGUAAACAACAUUUCUUCAUCAGGGCCGAAUUCAGAUGCUCAGAAAUCAAACCAGUUGAAGAGAAGGCUGUCUUUGUACAGAACAUUUAGUGGGCUGACACGCCUCAGCUGGAAAGGCGGCGGCGGCGGUUCUCCAAACAACAAGGAGGAUGAAGUGAUACUUGUGAGUGAAGUUCAGCAAUCGGCCGACGCCGCCGGAGAAUCAGAUGGGUUCUACCAAACCAUGUUUCUUAUGUCCUCGGAUGAAACAGGGGAGCUUGAGCUUGUGUUCUUCAGGAAAUUGGAUGAAGAGUUCAACAAAGUGGUCAAAUUCUACAGGGAAAAAGUGAGUGAAGUGAAGGCUGAAGCAGAGGAAUUGAGUAAGCAGAUGGAUGCUCUCAUUGCUCUCAGAAUCAAAGUUGAUUAUCCAUUGAUGGAGUUCAUCAAGACGGAUUCUUCCAGGAAUCAUGGAACAAUUCCAUCUCAGGUUCAAUCAGCUGCAUCAUCUUCAGAUGGGAUUAGAAGAGGUAAAUAA